AUGGCAAACCCAGGUUUCAAAAUAGGUUUAAAGUUUGCAACUGCCGAGUUGUUUAGAAAAGCUGUGAAGAUAUACUCCAUUAAUUGUGGAAGGGAGUUGAUAUUUAUGAAUAAUGACCGUAACAAAAUAAGAGUAGUAUGUGAAGAGGGCUGUCCUUUUGUUAUCCAUGCUUCAAGUGUUAGUGGUAGCACUUACCUGCAGGUGAAAACCUUUAAUCCUACACAUGUUUGUAGUAAGGGGACUAAAAAUAUACAUGUCACUGCUGGCUGGUUGGCUGAAAGAUAUUCUGGGCAGUUAAGGCUUAAUCCAAAUUGGACUGCUUCUUCUUUUGCAGAGCAAGUUCACCAAGACUAUGGUUACAGACCAUCUAGAGCAACUGUGUACAGAGCAAGAGCCAUGACAAUUGACAUUGUAGAUGGGUCUUACACCUGCAAGAAGGAGUUUUUAGAUGGUUGUAGGCAUGUGGUUUGCUUAGAUGGGUGUCAUGUCAAAGGGCCUCACCCUGGGCAAGUGCUUUAUGCAACGGGAGUUGAUGCAAACAACGGAAUGUUUCUACUUGUCUGUGCAUAUUUAGAGAUUGAGAGCAAUUCAACGUGGCUAUGGUUUUUAGAAUUAUUGAGUGGUGAUAUGAAUAUUAUGAAUAGCCAUAGUUAUGUAUUUAUGACUGACAAACAAAAAGGGUUAAUAGAUGUUGUGGAUGCUAUAUUCCCUCAUGCAGAGCAUAGACAUUGUUUGAAACAUCUAUAUGGAAACUUCUAUUUGGAACAUAGAGGUCUUGCUUUGAAACAUCAAAUGGAAGCAAUUGCUAGGGCCACAACAGUGCCAUGGUUUCAUGCAGAGAUGAGAAAGAUGUUGGAGUUGUCUAAACAUGCACAUGAUUGGCUUGCAGAGAAAGAUCCUACGCAUUAG